UUAUUACUUUUGAUGGGGCUGAUAUUUUCGAAGCCUCCUCCCACAAACUCUGAAGUGGAUACUAUAGCAGCAAGACUGUUUGCCAUUGACAAAUGUAUCCAUGCUAUCGUACCCAAAUUGGAAAGUGCUACAGAUAAAUGGAAAACCUUGUUGUCCGUAUCUCGAAGUUUAUCCUCAGAGUUGAACGAAGUUUAUGAGAAACAUGCUGCUGAAUAUAAGACUGUAGACAGUUCUUUUCGUUCACUGGAUGCGUUUCAAUCAUUUAUGCAACAGUUUCACAAGGACAAUACUGUUACCAAUCAUUGCAUUCAGAUACUCAAGUCUUACUCCCAAGAAAUAUCAAACCUCAAGAAUUCUUUAAAGAAUAGGACCAGACAUCAGGAAAAAUAUGAAAGUUUGAAGAAGAAAUAUGAGAAUAUACGGAAUGAAACUCCCAAGAAGAAAAGGUUAGAGGAGAGAAUGAGAGAAGCUGAAGAAGUCUAUCAGAAGUCUUCCAACGCUCUCUUACAAAAAAUGAAUGAAUUGUAUUUGAAACAUGCGCAAGUCCUCGAACAUGCGUUGAUCGGUUUGUGGCAUUCAGAUUUGAAACAUGCCGAAGCAUUUACUGACAAUGCAUAUGCAAUGAGAAAGGCAGUGGACGCUUUCUUAGAUAAAGUAGCCAACAAUGAAAUGGAUAAAAUCAAUUCCACUUGGUUAAAAGAGAAAACAACGGCAUAUCCAUCGAAUGGUACAAAGUCUAGAGUGAGCGUAGCUAAGAAAGUCCAGAAAAAUUGUGAAACGGCAUGGAAAGCUUUAGAGAAACCUUCCAUUGAAGGCUCUACAAUCUCUACUUUGGAAAGCAAUAACGAAGAGCAAGAGACGAGCCAAGAGGAGACCUCGAUGUAUGUCACUCGAAACUCAAGUCAAACGAUCCCAGUUGCUUGAAUAAUUUGUCUACAAACCAGAAAAAUUUGAUAUCAACUGAAUAAAUCAUUCGUUUAAUAA